AUGCGUAUUAUUGGUGUCACACUAUUUUGGAUAUUAUUUCAUUGCUAUGCCUUACUUGCAGCGAAUAUUGUACAAUUGGCACCAAAUUAUUUUACUUGCUAUAUUGAACCAGGAAUAUAUCUAACAUUCAUAAGUUAUUAUACAUUAAUAGUCAAAGCAUCUAUUCUACCUUUGCUUAUGACAAUUUUUGGACUAUGGACUAUAAAGAAUGUUCGUAGUUUUCGUGGUGCAAUAGUGGUACCAAAUAUAUCAAUAACUGGACCAACAGGAGUUGGUUCAAAUUCUGCACAUGCCAAAGAUCGUCAAUUUUUUUCGAAUUCUUCUCAUCGAUAUUAG